AUGAGCUGGUCUUACCCCUCGACGGGGCUAGUCACACCGUUGGACGGCCUCCUCCGUGUGCUUCGGGACAUCAUGCAUGCGGAGGCGCCCGACGGCCAAGAAGCGAUGGAUCAUCUGCAGUGCCUCCUCGGCUACGGGCUGACGGGGCAUACCAGCAGCCAGGUAUUGGGGAUCUUGUACGGCGAGGGAAGCGCAGGCAAGAGCGUCCUCAUGGCCCUGCUGAGACUGCUCCUCGGAAGGUUCUACAAGGACAUGAGCAAGGACAUCGUCGUGAGCGCGAGGGGGCAGAGGGCGGCGGCGAAGGGCGCGGCAUCGCCCAUGGAAGCAGGUCUGAAGGGGAUCCUGAUGGCGGGCAUCAAAGAGACGAACGUCACCGACACCCUGGACGAGGGCGGGGUCAAAAAGCUCACGGGUACGGAGGUGGUCACGGGGCGGCCCCUGUUCAAGGACUUUAUCACCUUCAAUGCGAUGAUGCUGCUCAUCCUCUGUACGAACCACCUUCCACAGACCGAGAAGGCUUGGUCGAUCGCUCUCCAAAGGCGGCUCCAGCUGGUCUGCUUCCCGAAGCGCUACUUCUCGAUCAACGAGGAUGGCUACGACUCGACGAACCCCCUCCACGGAGUGGUAGACACCAAGCUUGUCGCGGGGCUGAGCGACGCUCCGCACAUGGAGCAGUUCCUGGUCCGGCUCGUGCAAGGGGCCGUCCUGUGGUACGCGAACGGAGAGCGGCUGCUCCCGAUGCCCGCUCGCAGCAUCGCAGCAUUGGAUGCCUACCAAGUCGACAACGACCCCUUCGCGGCGUUCCUGGAGUGGAGCUGCGACUUGGGGCCGAACCUGUUCAUGCCGACUGUGGCGGGGAUGGAGGCGUACAACAACAGGGCACGCCUGGUGGACGGGCAGCCCGCGGCUUACACGUUCGACUUGGUGGGGACGAAGAAGUUCAAGGAACUGAUGGCCAGCAGAGCUCAGUUCCGGGGACCGGCAAAGACGAACGUCCUGGGGCUCGGCACGAUAGCGGGUGUCACGGAGCGCGGAUACCGGGGACUAGCCCUGAAACAGCCACUGCUGGUCGCGCCCGGUAGUCACCCGGCAUAG